AUGCCCCCCCACACCCACCCCCCUGGGGGCUUCGGCCUGCCCCCACCCCGUGCUACCGUCCUCUUGGCCAGACCUGUCUUCCUCUGUGUCCUUUGCCUCCUGGCGGCACUGCUGCCACCGGCCUCCUCCUGCCCUCCUCCCUGUCUCUGUUCCUCAGAUGGCCUGGUGGUGGACUGUGGGGGCCGGGGUCUCUCUUCCCUGCCUCCCCUGCACCUCCUGCCUCCAGGGAGUCGCUCCUUCCUGCUAGCCAACAACAAGCUCGCCUCGCUGGGAGCCUCUGCCUUCACUAACCUCUCCUUUCUGGAGGAGCUGGACCUCUCUAAUAACUAUCUAGAUAAUUUACCAGCUGGAUUAUUCAGAGACAUGUCCAACCUGACGAGACUGACUCUACACAACAACUCACUGACAGUAAUGGACAGAGACCUCUUCCAGGGUUUGGGGGGUCUUCAGAGUCUGGAUCUGUCCCUAAAUGGACUGUCCUCUAUUCCUCUGGGGCUACUGGACGAGCUGCAGAGCCUCAGGUGGUUGUCUCUAGCAGGUAACAGGCUUCAUGGUUUGGAGAGAGCAGCGUUUGAGCCCCUUGCCAACCUACAACACCUGGAAUUAGGACACAACCCCUGGGAAUGUGACUGCAACCUCCGCGAUUUCAAACACUGGAUGGAAUGGCUGCUGUACAGAGGGGGGAAGGUGGACGCGGUGGAGUGCACACUACCGAAGGAUCUGCGUGGGCGAGACAUCCGUGGCGUUCCAGUGGAAAUGUUCAACUACUGCCUCCAACUUGAAGAUGAGAAUGGAGGAGGUGACAGUUCCCGUUCUGGACAAGGAGGCGUUCGUCCCUGCAGCAGGAACGCUCUUAACCCCAGUGGGGCAACACCAAUUUCUGAUAACAGCGGCAACACUGGUGAUGACUCCUCUUCAAACACAGGAGGAGGAGGAGGUGGGGAGGCCCCAUCUGAUUGUGUGCGUGCCCGAUACCGACCCGUGAGCGUGCGCCGCGCCAUCGGUACAGUGGUGAUUGCCGGUGUGGUUUGCGGCAUUGUUUGCAUCAUGAUGGUUGCGGCCGCAGCUUAUGGCUGCAUCUACGCCUCCCUGAUGGCCAAGUACCAGAGAGAGCUGAAGAAGAGGCAGCCGCUGAUGGGAGAUGGAGAGGCAGACGGGGAGGAUAGGGAGGAGAAACAGAUCUCCUCUGUGGCCUAG